AUGAGCCCCUCAACUCCUAUUUUCAAAGUUCAAAGCACUCCAAGAGCCAGAAUGGAUUCCAACAAGAUCACAGAAAUUGUGAGACUCCAAAGGAUCCUCAAGAAAUGGAGAAAGCUGGCAACUUCAUCAAAGCCCAACAGUAAUGCUGCAAACAGCAGCAGUAAAAGCAUCAAGUUUCUCAAGAGGACGCUCUCUUUAUCCGACAACAACUCGGCUCGGGAGACAUCAAGCAACGCGGGCGCUGUUCCGAAAGGAUACCUAGCCGUUUGCGUCGGAGAGGAGCUCAAGAGAUUCAUAAUCCCAACACACUAUUUGGGCCACCCUGCCUUUCACACCUUACUCAGAGAAGCAGAAGAGGAAUUUGGAUUUCAACAAGCAGGAGUUCUAACAUUUCCCUGUCAGGUUCCCGUCUUCGAGACCAUCCUGAAACUGGUGGAGGCGAAACAAGACGUGUAUCUGGCGCAGGACUGCUCUUUGGUACGCUGCUCAUCCAACACUCACCACACCCCAUCUCAAAGCCCUAUGUGCAGAUAGCUUACUCUUCCAAUUUUGGCUUCACUUGGUGGUGUCUCUUUUUUUUGUAAUCCUUAAAUGAGGCCAUGUAUGUGCGAGAGAAACAGAGAGUAGAGUUAAAUAAGUUCUUGUAUUGCAAAACAAAGAAAAAAGAGUAGUAGUAUUUGAUUCUUUUUACAUGCAUAUUAUAUAUAUGCUCGUGUCGUUUCAAUUCAACUCUUCAUGUUUGUAA